AUGACGACUACACAGACUAUCACGGAAGCUCCAUUUGAGUCUAUCCUUCUUGAGGAUAGAAACAGGAAUCAUAAUGCCACAGAACAGCAAGAAAACCGUCAAGCGAGACGUGUCUUUGAAGCUGAUCCCGCCUUUACCAUAACUUUGGCUACAAGGCGAAUGAUCAUUGCUUUGUUGGUGUGCGCCAAUACUGUGCAGUUCGUCUCUAAUGCAGUUACUAUUGCCGGCGGUCUCGCACUGAGCAAAGACCUUGGGCGUGAAUCUGGUCCCGGGAAGGCAAACUGGAUGGUAGCAUCGUACCCACUUACACAAGGCGCAUUUGUGCUAGUGACAGGCCGUCUUGGUGCGAUCUAUGGUCAUAAGCAGCUAAGUCUUCUUGGAUGUGCCAUCUUUACCCUAUUCUCGUUUGUCAACGCUUUCGUCAAGACAUACGACUCUUUCAUUGCCAUACGCGCUCUCACAGGCAUAGGAGGUGGUGUUUUCAUGCCUAAUGCUGUGUCUAUAAUCACCACUAUGGUACCGCCUGGUCAAUCGCGAAAUGUCGUCUUGGGCUUUUUUGCAGCGUCACCCCCUUUGGGUGGCAUGGUUGGCGCACUGGUCACCGGCGUCUUCAUGGAUCGAGUGAAUUGGAUGUGGCUAUUUAUCCUCAUUGCAGGUGUUUCCGCGUUGAUACUGGCCUGGCUAGCCUGGCUCAUGCCAAAGGAGACCCCAGUUGAUAAAGGAGGGCAUAUUGAUGUUCCCGGCAUCUUCAUGGGGCUGGGGAGUCUUUUACUCUUCAACGUCGUAUGCAACCAAGCACCUUCAGCCGGAUGGAAUGCUCCCUACGAAAUUGCUCUGAUCAUUCUUUCAGUACUCCUCUUUGCCGCAUUCCUUAUCUGGGAGAAAGAUUACGCCAAAGACCCCAUUAUGCCGCUUUCCAUCUUUCAGGCCCCGACAUUUCUCGCUCUGAUCUUUGUCGUUUUACUGAGCUACAUGGCCUUUGGAAUUGGCAUAUGGUAUUCGGUGGCCUGGCAACAGCUUCUACGUGGGGUUUCUCUCACCCAAACAGGACUACACUUCAUUCCAUUCGGGCUGAGUGCCAUCCUUGCCGUGUUUGUUGCAGCAUGGCUUAUCCCACGUGUUGCGGCGCAAUGGAUCAUGGCCAUUGGCGUGUUAGUUACGUUUGCUGGGAACAUUCUUUUGGCAACCAUGCCUGUCCAACAGACAUUUUGGGCACAGUUGUUCCCCGCUAUGGUUCUGUAUGGCUUCUGUCCAGAUCUUGUCUACGUUGCCGCACAAGUGAUUGCCAGCAACAGCGUCAGUCGUCGCCAACAAGGCAUAGCUAGUAGUCUCAUCGGAACACUUAAUCUUUACGGCAACAGUCUGGGUCAAGGGUUUGCCGGAACGAUUGAGACAGAAGUCGGGAUAAAUAACGAUGAUGAGGUGAGAGGCUACAGGGCAGCUUUGUAUUUUGCGGCCGGUUUAGCGUUGUUGGGACUGGCUCUCGACAUUGUGUUUGUCAGGUUGCCCAAGGACCAACGUGAGGGUUGGGAUGACCCGUCUGAAGAAGAUGAGCAAGGGAUUGAUGGUGUGACUACAGCCAUUGAGGUCGAACGCUCUGUGUAG